AUGAACCCCCCGUGUCAGAACCCAACGUCCAUCUUCCCUCUCCUGGCUUCGUCGUUGCCCACGGCCACGCACUUCUACCUAAACUACAUCCCCGUGCAGUGGGGAACCCACUACAUGAACAUGCUUCGAUACGUGAACCUGGCCAAAUACCUGGGGUACCGGAAGGUGUGCUCGGACGAUAAAGCUCGGGAAAGAGCGGAGCCCGAGGACCAGGACUACUACGGUAUGGGCUCCCGCAGCGCCCGGCACACGUUGAUGGCCGUGACCGGCCUAGUCCUUU